AUGCCGCGCGCGCGUAUCCUUAGCAACCGACAGCUGCGGCUGGGGGCGGUGCGGAGGGUGGGGCUUCGGCUGUUGGAGCUGAGCGGAAUGGAGGCGGAGGCCGAGGCAGAGCCGAGGGCCGUCCUUACACCGCGGGCACCGGAUAGAUUCGGAGGAAGUGCACCCAGAGAAGGAAUCGGAUCCGCCGCUGACCUAGACCGCGGAGCAUUAUUGACCUUUGAUGAUGUGGCUGUGUAUUUCUCUGAGCAAGAGUGGGGAAACCUGGAAGGGUGGCAGAAGGAAAUCUACAAGCAUGUGAUGAGGACAAAUUAUGAGACCUUAAUAUCCUUGGACUAUGCUAUUCCUAAACCAGAUUUAAUAUCCUGGAUUGAACAGGGUAAAGAACCAUUCAUCAAGGAUCAAGUGGAUUUGGAGGGAAGAGAAACAGUAGUCAUCAGUGGUCAUGACGGGGAAUACAACCUGGAAAACAUCAAGGAGCAGCAGUUUUUUGGGGUGGGCCCACCAUUGGUGAAGGCUGAUGAUUUCCCUCCGAUUAGGCAGGAGGUUGAACCAUUCAUUUUGGAUCAACAGAACUUAGAAGAAAGAGCAAUUCCAACAUACCCUAUUUCAGCUUACAGCAUUAAGGGGUCCUUCCAGAGGAAGAAAACCUUGAACCAUAAAACCUCAAGCCCCCUGGGCUGUCAGAAAAUCCCCCUACAACAGAGAUUCCUCCACUGCUCUGUGUCUCAUAAAAGCUUCCAUGGGAAAGACUCCUUGACACAUCAUGAAAAGAGCCAUCCCAAGGACCAGCUCUGCCAGUGUUCAGAGUGUAAGAAAGCAUUAAGCAGAAAGCCUGACCUCAAGCAAAGCCAGAGGCUUCAAGGCCAGCACCACUCUCUUGAGAAGAGCUCCUGUUGGAAAUGGAGCUCAGCUGCUCACCAGCUAGUCCACAGGGCAAAGAGGCCCUCUCAGGGUCCCAAAGGAAACAGAAGCUUCUACUGCAAGAUCAACUUAGAGGGGCUUCAGCAUGUACCCACCUGGGGGAGCCUCUUGUGUAAAGAACGUGGGAAGAACUUCUGCUCAGGUUCCUACCUGCCUACCCACCAUGGCUUCCAUAGUAGGGAGAAGCCAUUUUCUUGUGGUGAGUGUGGCAAGAUCUUCACCUUUCAGGCUAUUCUCACAACUCAUCUGAGAAUGCACAGUGGAGAAAAGCCCUUCAGCUGCCCAAGGUGUGACAAGAGCUUCUAUAGGAAAACCUCCUUAAAAUUUCACCAAAACUUACAUGAUGAACAAAUGCCAUUCUCCAGCAGUGAGUGCAGCAAAUGGUUCAGCUGCCAGUCAAACUUUACUGAUUACAACAGUGCCCACACCACAGCAAAACCCUUCCCCUGUCCCAAGUGUGACAGGAAGUUCUGCUUGAAAAGAAGUCUGAAGACACACCUGAGAUUGCAUAGUGGAGAAAACCCCUACCCCUGUGGGGAGUGCAACAAGACUUUCACCCAUCAAUCCAAACUUACAGAGCACUUCAGGGUACAUAGUGGGGAGAAGCCCUUCCAGUGUCCUGAGUGUAACAAGAGCUUCAGCCAAAAGUCUUCUGUGAAAAUCCACCAGCGCCUUCACACAGGGGAAAAACCUUUCUCCUGUAGUGAGUGUGGCAAGUGCUUCAACAAACAGAACAACCUCAACCAACACCUCACACUCCACACUGGAGAGAAGCCUUUCCAGUGUCCUGAGUGUGACCAGAGCUUUCGACUAAAGAUAAAUCUGAAGGCCCAUCUCAUCCAACACAGUGGGGAGAAGCCAUUUUCCUGUAGUGAAUGCAGCAAGAGCUUUGCCCAAAAGUUUUUACUCAGUAAACACCUCAGAAUUCAUAACAGAGAGAGACUGUUCUGUGGAAAAUGUGGCAAAAAUUUCACCCAUCAAUCUAAGCUAACCAGACAUGUUAGAGUCCACAGUGAAAAGAAACCCUUUUCCUGUAGUGAAUGUGGCAAGACUUACAGCUAUCAAUCUCAGCUCACUGUACAUAUCAGAAUCCACAGUGGAGAGAAACCAUUCUUCUGUGGGGAGUGUGGAAAGAGCUUCAUCCAACGAUCUCAUCUCACUAGUCACAUCAGAGUACACAAAGGGAAGAAGCCAUUCUCUUGUGGUGAGUGUGGCAAGAGCUUCAUGGAGCAAUCUGAGCUCACUAAACACAUUAUAGUUCAUAGUAGGGAGAAACCCUACUCUUGCAGGGAAUGUGGCAGAACCUACAAACAUCAGUUUCAGCUCACAGAACAUAUCAAAGUCCACAACAGGGAAAAAUCCUUCCUGUGUCCUGAGUGUAAAAAGAGUUUCUGUCAUAAACGUGCCUUGAAAGCACACCAGCAAGUACACAUCAGGGACAGGCCAUUCUCAUGCAAUGAGUGUGGCAGAAGAUUUACUUAUAAGGGUGCACUCAACACCCACCUCACAGUUCACACCAGGGAAAGAUUCAACAAUUCUAAUCCAGACAAGGUUCCUGGCAGCAUCAGCCCUUCGGACAAUUAUUGA